ACAGACACAGAGAGAGCUGUACGACAGGAGACGAUCCAACUGUCGCUGAUCUGAUGCUACAGCUGUCUCUCUGUCUGCCUGUCUGCCUGUCUGCCUGCCUGUCUGCCUGUCUGCCUGUCUGCCUGUCUGUCUGCCUGUCUGCUUGCAGACAUGUCCUCCCGGGCUGAGAGUAAGACAGCCUCACAGUUUGUUUCUCUCACGAUGAGGCUGAAGGAUAAACUUCACACGCAGAAGAUCAGACGCUCUGAACGAAUCAAACACACCCCGACACACACAGCUGCCCUGCAGCACACACACCAGGGUGUUCUGGUUGAGCAGCAGAGGGACGUUGUCAGCUCUCUCCAGUAUUUUAAGGCUUUGGUGGACAAACUGGUGGUGGAUCAGUCUGUGGGGGGGCUGCUGGGGGGCGCGUCCAGCAGGGUCCUGGAGGCAGUGAAGAGCCUGGUGAGGGAGGGGCCACAGCAGAGAGACAGUAAGACCGUCUCUUCCUGUCUCACUCGUCUCUACCUGUCUGUGGCUCAGCUGAUUCGCUGGGCUGAUCAUGUGAUGCUACAAGGCGUCGCCCACGGCAACAAGGAGUCCACAGCAAGCGUUACCACGGUGAUCCGGGCGGUGCUGGAUGGGGUCAAGGAACUGGUCCGAUUGGCUGCAGAGAGACAGGGAGACUCCGCCCCUGUGUCUCCUGUCCAAUCACAGGCCUUUGUGGGACAGGGGGGUCGAGGAGCAGCAGACCUCAGACAGGAAGUCUACCUGCUGGAGUCCAGAGGCCUCAGACAGGAAGUCUACCUGCUGGAGUCCAGAGGCCUCAGACAGGAAGUCUACCUGCUGGAUCCAGAGGCCUCAGACAGGAAGUCUACCUGCUGGAGUCCAGAGACCUCAGACAGGAAGUCUACCUGCUGGAGUCCAGAGGCCUCAGACAGGAAGUCUACCUGCUGGAGUCCAGAGGCCUCAGACAGGAAGUCUACCUGCUGGAGUCCAGAGACCUCAGAGAGGAAGUCUACCUGUCCAGAGGAGGAACAGGAACCCCCUUCAGCUCCUCCCAAACCCCCCAAGCCUUCCUCAGAGCCCCGCCCCCCGCUGGCCCCCCCACAGGGACCCAGUCCUCCGGCCCUGCCUCCGAAACAGCGUCACUCUCUAACCCCCGCCCCCUGCAGGAUUGCUAUUGUUGCACCAAUGAGGCGCGAGCCUGCAGCUGACAGACAGGUGCAGGAGGAGAGUCUGAAGAGGAGCCCUGAGGACACACACUGUGAGGAUGAUCCGGACUAUCACUUCCUGCUCACUGAGACCCCCCCCCUCUCCUCCCUCCCCCCCGUCCUCCCAGAGAAGAAACGCUGCAGCACAGGAGGAUCGACCUUCUCUCAGGCCCCGUCUUCUUUUGGCUUUGACUCCGCCCACUGUGAUGACUUCACCACUCACUGUGAUGAUGUCACUGGUCCUGAUGAUGUAACUUCCUCACCCCUCUCCCCCAGCAAGACGCCCCCUCCCCUCCCCGAGAAGAAACGCCACAUCCAGCAGUACCUUCAGUUCUGUUCGUCCUAUAGCGCUCCGUCAGCAGCCGUCUUCUACCAGCGACCUUCGACCUUCAGCCAGCCUUACAUGAGCCAGCUGGACACACAGCUGGACACUCAGACGUCAGACUCCAACCCUUCACCUGUGCUCCCGCUGCUCCAGUUUUACCACAGAAGAAGAGACAACAAGUAACACA